UUGCAGUGGAUAUGUUUGAUAGAGAGAUGAUAUCAGUCCCACUGAAAUCCAAACCAGCGCCCGUCUCCGUCCUCAGAGACCCAAACAAGGGGACUCUCUCUCUCUCUCUCUGCAAUCUGUACCUUUUUCAAAUUCUGGGGCUUCCUAUUUUGGGUCGAAUUUGUUAAGUUUCCCGCUCAAGAAACAUGGCCACGACAGAAUGGGAAGAAGGCGAGUGGGAGCUUGUCAACGACGAUGGCUUCGUCUACAAGCGCAAGAAGCGCCAACGUCUGGACCCCACUGCCGCCGACACCUCGGUUCCUCCGCCGCCAGAUCCGGAGGCAGAGGAGGAGAGCCGGCGGGAAAGGAAGAAGAGGGCACUCACCAAACUCAGAGACAAGUACCAGAAAGAGAUCGACAAGUGGGAACUUUUGUCGAACAUGUUGAAUUCAUUAGAAGGAAAAGCGCAACACCAACAACGGCAGCACCAAUUGCACGAGCAGACGACGGAGUCGUCUUCGGAAGCUUUAGCCGCCGGUUUGCCUGCCCCAUCGCAGAAUUCGUCUGAGCCUGCUGCCCGUCGGGUCCUCGACAACCUGCUACUUCGGGUAGAAGCAGAGGAAGCAGUGAUAGAAGACAUUUCAAACCUUUGUGAUGUUGCCGAGGCAAUGUGCAAUUUGCAAGAGGAGCAUAUGAAGCAAUCUUUGGUUGAUCUUCCAAUCUGGGCAGCGCCGCUUGAGCUCAUGGCAUCUCUCUGCGACGACUAAUUGGAACCAAGGGGAAGAAGAGAGAUUCCACAGCAGGUCUGGUGCAUGCCACAGUACCCAACAAAGGCUUUGCCACUGUAACUUAUGUUGUUAAUUGUAGAUUUAAUGAUUCUUCUCAAUAUGAACGGUCGAUACUACUAGAGAAGUAGCCAUGAUUGUGCAGGAUCUGCUUGCUAUAAAUCUAACCGUGUUUGAGCUCAAUUAAGAGCUCAAAUAAUAUGCUUUUCUGA